CGCUCGCUCGCGCUCGCGUUCAGUCUCAACUUUAAACUUUUCCAGCAUUCUGCUGUCCGGAUCAACAGCACUGAGGCUUCGGGACAGCGCGUGCGGAUUCUACACUUGAAGUGUCCGGAUUUCUCGACAUGGAUCUGUGGAAAUUUAAUCGGAGUCGAACAUGUUUGUGAAGUUUUAAUUCAUUUAGGAACAUGGUAACGAGUGUUUAGAAAAGGCUCUCCUGACAGUGUCUUCGAUCGCUCCCGCAAAGCUCUUGUUUUAUCUGGAUAAUAUUAUGUUGGACCUCAUGGGAAACGUUUCCAGGCGUUCACUGUGGGAUCGUGAUGCGUGAUGCGUGUUUGAUCAGAGUGGAAUAACUGAGACAUUGUUGCACUGAAGGAUACGGUGAUUCUGCUACAACCUGCUACAUUCUGGAAUGUUUGGAAUCCUUUGAAGUGGACGCGGCGCACCGCACAAUAAUGGAGCCAUUAUGACGUCACGUUCUCAAUCACGACGCGCGGGAAUCCACAUGGGGAAUCUGUAGCUAAUAUUAUUGAUCCGACCUUUAGGAGAUCACAUUAAACUCUUUUUUUUUUUUUUGUCGUUCAAAUCAAUGCUCGCGCCAGGAGUCUGUCCGCUGUCAAUCACCCUGUCACUCUGUCUGUCAUCUUCUGUCAGUGAUACGGGCCAGUCUCCGACUAAAGUUCCAUUGAAUUGCUUGUGAUAUUCUUUUAUUUCAAAUCUCAAUCCCGCAGAGCUUCUAAAACUAUCCACUUCAAAAGACACCCGGUUUUUGGACAGUUUCAGUGACCUCUAAGGAUUCUCCUGUCUUUUAUCUGAGCUCUGAUUGGACGGAUAGCGCAUAAUGUAUGGCUGGGGCCCGCCGCUGCAGCCAGGACAAUGAGGGUCCCUGUGCGGCGACUGGCCGGGCUCUGGCCUUGGCUGCUCAUGGCUGCCUCGCAGGUGGCUCUGGGCCACACAGGCCUGGAACUAGCUGCUGCUGUGGAGUCCGAGCGCUCCGCACCCCGAGCCAUGAUCAAGGUGUCUCUGCUGAAGCAGGAGCCCACCAGCAGGCCCAUCACCCUAGAAGGGGUGUUCGCUGGGGGCAGCACAGGCUAUGCUGAAGGGAAACUGAUGCAGUCUCAUCCACUGUCUCUGUGUAACACCAGUGAAGAUGACCGUCAGGAGACCUUCUUCAUCAGCAUCGUCAAACUCGAGAGUCCAGAGAGCAAAGUGCCGCAGUGCCUGCCGCUGCUGGAUAAAGCUCGUCUGGCUCUUCAGAGAGGCGCUCAGGCAGUCAUCUUUGACAUCACAGAUGAUCCCGGAGCUGCUCAGGAGCUGCGUGAUUCAGGUUUGUUGCCUCGUCCAGUGGUGCUGGUGAAGUCAUCAGAUGCAGAAGAACUGAUGGGACUCGUUAAUAAAAAUGAAGAAGCCAAGGUGUUCAUAGAUAUCAUGAUGGAGACUCAAAAAUGGCCUCAUUAUGAUGUUGGCAUCCUGUUGACUGUGUCUCUGGUUGUGUUGGCCAUCAUCAUGAUCUUUGCUCUACGCUUCCACUGCAGGUCCAACAGAACCUGGGACUCUGUGCACCAGCAGACCUUGCGUGCCAUCAGCAGGUUGGAAACGCGCACAUACAGUUCUCAGAGUUGCUCUGGCUCCCAGCGCUCUCGUGGGGCUCCAGGGUCAAACAGCAGCUCCAAUUCCAGUCCAAUCUGUGCCAUCUGUCUUGAGGAAUUCAUGGAUGGCCAGGAAUUGAGAAUCAUCUCCUGUGCUCAUGAGUUCCAUAAGGAGUGUGUCGACCCCUGGCUCCUACAACACCGUACCUGCCCACUGUGCAUGCACAACAUCAUGGGUAAACAGCCUCAGGGUUCAGAUCUGGCAUCCCGUCAGCCCCAAAGAAGUCAAAUGCCACCCCCUCCACCUGAGCACAGUCAAGCCUUCCUCCUUCCCCAUAACUAUUCAAACCAACACCCUUAUCCCCAGCACCAAGUUCCUUUUUCCCUGCGGCAUCAUUUCCCCCAUAAUCCCUCUGGACCUUUACCCCAAUUGGACAACUAUGGCAACUCUCCCCCUCUUCAUCCACGGACUCUUCGUUGCUCUCCCAGCAGACCACUAGGUGCUAGCUGUGCGUACCACUUGGCUCCAGAUGCCCAUCAUGGACGUCUGCAAAGGACAGGUGGGCACGGGUUUCGGACCGGGCAUGCAGCUCCCAGAAGGUCGUGUCACCGGUGUCCUGGAGGACCUUUGCGGAACUCUUCGGGUUCUCGGAUGCAUCAUGUGAUAUCGCCUGCAAACCAUGCAACUCAUCAUCACCUGCCGCAUGGAAGAGGCUCGCACAGUCGCCAGGAUGACGGCAGCGCCUCAGGAGGGAGUUACCAUACGGAGCGUAGCGGUUACCUUGCAGAUGGACCAGCCAGUGAUUCCAGCUCGGGAUCGUGCCACGGCUCGUCCAGUGACUCCGUAUUGAACUGUACGGACAUCAGCCUGCAGGGUGUCUAUGGCAGCUGGUCCACUUUUCGUAGCUCGCUCAGCAGCGAUUACGACCCGUUUAUCUACUGCGGACCAGGCAAAGCUCCACGCAGAGGGAGCAUAGAGGCCACGCAAAGGCCUCGUUCCCUGGACUCUGUAGUGAACCGAACCGGUGGUGGAAGCACUGGUGAUGCCGGUGCCAUUGGCCUGGAAGAACAGCAGCAACAGGUGGCUGUGUUUAGUCACGUUCACUAUCACAGGCAUAGACACCACUAUUACGAGGAUGGGGAACUCAGUCAAGGGCCCGGCCGAGGCUAUGACGAGGAUCAAGGAGCCACGUCCUCAGCCGCAGCAGCAAGCGGGCCUUGUCUCAUAACUAAAGACAAAGACUCCUCUGGGUGUCAGGUACAGGUACAAUCUUGCCACUGCCCCAAAACAGACCUCAGUUCAAGGAGGAUUGAGGAUAGAGACCUGGAACCUGUUACCUCCUCAGGUGCCUCCGUAAUCCUUCCCUCUCCUCCUUUAACCUCUCCGUCCCCACCCUGUUGCCACAAAGGCCCAGGGUGGAUGACCGGUCGGAAAGCAGCUGGAUGUCCAAUGGAAGUGCCUUCGCCGGUUGUUCACUUUCAUCAAAGCUUGGACCUUCAGGAUGAUUGUAGCAUUCAUAUACAUUACGGACAGGGAGCGGGAAGCUAUUGCUGCACACCUCCGCCAGACAUGGCCCCCACGCUACUGCCAGUGCCCCUGAUCUUGGACUCGACGGGUAUGACCGACUGGCCGUGCUGUAGUGGGGCACAUGUGGUGUGGCAGAAGGAGGUGCAGCAGGCCCAUUCAGAGCCUCAGCUCCUGGGACCCACUUCUGGAAUGGACAGACCCCUUUGUAGGACCCAUCAUGGCCCAGGGGACGAACUUCCCAUGGACAUCUGUCUGCACUGCCAAACUCUACACAAUAGUCAGGGGUCAGAGGAAGAGUCUGGUGUUUGAGAAACUCUUCAUCCAAAACUCCUCACGCUGCUACACAAGAGCCGAAAUGGACAAAACUCUUCGGCGAUCUCUCGCUGUUUCUUUCGCUCAUAUGUUGAGUCUUCCAGAUAAUUCCAAACAUCUUCUUGCAAUAUCAAACUGAAUUACUCAGAAUCUCCAGACCUCAGAUUUCAUUCUAACAAAGAAUUAAGCAGUCACUGAUGAUAAGAUGGGUUUUCAAAAAUGCUCUUCAGAAGUGACGCUCUGUUACUAGCACCUUUCCAAUGUCCAGAACAAGUCAUUUUUGGUACUUUACCCAAUACGGUCCAAAUGCAUGGUCCUUUUCAUAGGCAAACAAGUGGUAUUAAUUAAGGCAGUUAUCAAAGGAUCUGAAAGAUGCGCAUUGAUUAUGAGAUUGAUUAUGGUUUCUUCCUUUCCUUUGGUUUAAAACAGGAUUCGAUUUGUAUCUUCUCUUGUAAACAAGUCUGAGAUCUCCUUGGUGAUCUUCAUGAAAGCCCUUCAAGAUAUAAACGUGUCUUUCUGUUUUCCAUUGAGAUUUAGACUUGGCAUAUGUACUUUAUGUAAGUACGUAGACACUUCUAUCCACACAAGCCUAGUUGUCGUGUUCUGAAAUGUGUCAAAACCGAAUCAUAAUGCAACACUAUUGUAAU